AUGAAGCAAAAGCAGUAUCUCAGCAUUGGUCAAGCUGAAGCAUUGCACGCAACUCAAGGUGAAACCAACGACCCAAUCGAGUCACCCAAGGGUGUUCAUCGGGAAAGUAAGUCUUCGUCCUCGGGAUCUGAUGCUGAGCUUGAACCCGCACUCAACAAGUUUUUCGGUGGUCCUCCUUUUUGCUUGAUGCUGCCUGAUUCAAUUGAGGGUCAUACCGAGCCUCGGACGGGCAAUAGAGCGUGCAAGGGGCGUGUUCAAUCGUCCAGCCGCUCAUAUGCCAUAGUUUCUUGGAUGGAUGUACUUUCUGAAGCAACGACCAGGGAUCACUUUCAGCUCCAGGAAAAUGGCAUGUACUGGUGUCGCGUGAAGGGAAGGUUGAUUGAGAUGUCUGCCGAGAAUUACCACUUCAUCGCGUUGGGAUACCCGCAACGCAUGAUGCAGCCUUCAUACCUAUCUGAGGCACGGAGAGAACAAGAGACUGCUGGAGGUGUGGGAGAACAAGACGUCAAUACUGUCGUGAAUCCCGACACAGAAUCGCGCGAUAACCCCGUACCGGACCCAAUGGACAUAACACGAAGCCCGACUGCAUCAGAUCUCUCACAUCGAACUGAGAAAAGCACCACAAUUUCAUACCAGGGUGAGAGAGACGUCAAGGGAACCUCACAUGUGGCCCAGGAAUUCCAGGCUGAGACAUCGCGGCUGCGCCCUAAUCAUAGGCAGACUGAUUUCCAGUCUCGUCGCAAGCAGGGUUUCUCCGGCUGGGCACCGGUUUGGGUCGCAAACAACCCAGUUAGAUCAGAAGAUGACCCGAUCAAAUCUGACAUCCCGAUCCACAUUGAUAAUGGCAGCGCAGGAAGCUCGGAUGUCCCAAAGCAGUCCCAACCUGAAACAAGUGGUGCUGGGAACAGAGGCAAACUUCCAGCUACUCCGAUCCGUCGCAAGAAUGUUUUCAUUCCGUGGACCCCUUCUCCAAAGAAAAAGAAAGACAGCCACACCCAGGAGGGUUCAGCUGUCGCUAAUACCUCCCCUCGCGCGGAGACGCCGAUGCGGUAUUCCUCGCGCGAACUCAGCUCGGGGCCAGCAUUCAUCAAGUCCCUGAUCGAGGCAGGCACGCCGUGGGAAGAACAGGAGGAGCUUUACGAAUCCAAGUUUGGUAUUUCGCGUUCCCAGUUUAGACUUGUCAAACAGUUUGGCCUGGUCGAUAUGAAAGAUGGCGGCUUCGACAAGGCUGCGUUCAAAAAGCCCAGAAGCCAUCAUAAGGCUCAGUUAACCUCAACCCACACGGAAAACCGAGAAUCCAGUUUGGCGACGGAGGGUUCCCAGGGAAGUGACGGCGAGCGUGACAAGAAAAUCGACAAGGGAAAGAAAAGGGACCCCGGCCCUUCUGAUGCUGCAUAA